AUGCUGCAAACCGUCAGGCGACAAUUGGUCGUUGCCGGUGACACUCUGCCAAGCGAUCAUGCAUACGCCGUCAUCAUUGGAGCUUCUGUAUGUGUCUUGUCCACUCUUCUUAUCGUCGCAGGCCUCGUGUUCUACUGCAAAGAGCGCAAACGCAACAAGGAGCUCGUACUGGAGCCCUGGGUCGACUUAACAUCCACUUUCCCGACCAGUCAGUUGUCUCCAGGCAUGACAACAGCUACCACCCGGACGUUGUUCAACGAUUUCUCUGAACUGGAAUGCACGCAAUUAACCGAUACCCACAAUCAUUUCUACGUCAUGACGUCGCCCAUUAACAUCCGUGUAGCGUCUCCUGCUGAGUUCAAACACUCUACCGGUACUUUGGACUCGUCCAGCCAGCAUUUGGCGUCCAACGACCCGAUCGACCACAAGUUCGAUGGCUUUGGACGGGGCUGUGGCGAUUCUGAAGACCUCGACUCGUUCGACUCAUUGACGACACACGGUCGGAUUUGGUCCAUUGGAAGUCGCGAGAGCUUCAACGGUGCAGGGAAAUACGUCCAUAGGACGAGCAGCAGUGAUCCAUCGGCGAACACCAAUAGUAAGAACAUCGACUUGAUGGAGUCAAGUUCAGGGCAUAGGGAAUUAUGGCACGACCCUGCUAUCGUGGCCGCACGUAUUCCCAUGGAUAAACUCACGAUUGGUGCGGUCGUUAGUCGGGGAGGAUUCGGAGAAGUACUUAGAGGGACGUACAAAAACCGCGACGUUGCAAUCAAGCGGUUGCUGCCCGAAACGAGGAAAGGCUUGAUCAAAAUCGACGAGUUUCUGGCUGAACUCAAGCUGCAAGCAGCUUUGGAGCACGAACGGAUCGUGCAGUUCAUUGGCGUAGCAUGGGACUCGCUCACAGAUUUAUGUGGAGUCUCCGAGUUCAUCGACGGUGGAGAUCUGCGAGGGCUUCUGAUCCAAUUCGAUGAUGUCGAUCACCGUCCCAUGGGCUUUGAUGCGGAAAAAGCUCGUAUUGCAUUGGAUGUCGCACAUGCACUCACGUACUUGCACUGUCUCGACCCUGUGGUGCUACAUCGCGACCUCAAGUCGAAAAACAUUCUGCUGGAUAGCAACCGGCGGGCCAAGCUCACCGACUUUGGCGUCUCUCGGGAGCGCAGUGACCGCACAAUGACAGGAGGCGUAGGCACGUCGUUGUGGAUGGCGCCUGAAGUCAUGCUCGGCGAACGGUACGAUGAAAAAGCAGACGUCUUCUCGUUCGGCAUCGUGCUCAGUGAAUUGGAUUCGCACAAGCUACCGUACGCAGGUGCCAAGAUCACCGAGACUGGACGCGUUCUUCCAAAUACAGCCAUUCUCCAGCUUGUUUCCUGUGACAAGCUCCGCGUGAGCUUCACUCCACCAAGUUCUCGCGCAUGGGAAGUAAUGGUACAGCUUGGUACUAAGUGCGUAGCUUUUGAUCCCGACGAACGACCCACGGCAUCACAAGCACUAUAUCAGAUGCAGCUGCUGAUGCGCGCAUUUACCCAGACUGGAACCGGGGAAUAA